GAUGCUCUUUGAAGUGGGAGAGGGAGGCGGCGCGGGGGAGGAGGGGAAGGGGAGAGGGAGGCCGGGCCGCAGCCUCUGCACUCACGCCGCCCCCGCACGCACAGCGCACCUGGCGCCGUCUGCCCUCCGCAGCGCUCGCCCCUUUCUCUGGGAGGACAACCUGCUGACCCGAAGCCAGGAUGGACGGCAGAUGGCAAUGUUCCUGCUGGACCUGGUCCCUGCUGGUUCUGGCGGUUGUGGCUGGGGACACAGUGUCAACCGGGUCCACAGACAAUAGCCCGACGUCCAAUAGCCUGGAGGGGGGCACGGACGCCACGGCCUUCUGGUGGGGGGAGUGGACCAAGUGGACGGCAUGCUCCCGCAGUUGCGGAGGUGGGGUGACAUCCCAGGAGCGGCACUGCCUGAAGCAGAGGAGGAAGUCCACCCCAGGCCCCGGGAACAGGACCUGCACGGGCACGUCUAAGCGGUACCAGCUCUGCAGAGUGCAGGAGUGUCCGCCGGACGGGAGGAGCUUCCGCGAGGAGCAGUGCGUCUCCUUCAACUCCCACGUGUACAACGGGCGGACGCACCAGUGGAAGCCUCUGUACCCGGACGACUAUGUCCACAUCUCCAGCAAACCGUGUGACCUGCACUGCACCACCGUGGACGGCCAGCGGCAGCUCAUGGUCCCCGCCCGCGACGGCACAUCCUGCAAGCUCACCGACCUGCGAGGGGUUUGCGUGUCUGGAAAAUGUGAGCCCAUCGGCUGUGAUGGGGUGCUUUUCUCCACCCACACACUGGACAAGUGCGGAGUCUGCCAGGGGGACGGUAGCAGCUGCACCCACGUGACGGGCAACUAUCGCAAAGGGAACACCCACCUUGGUUACUCUCUGGUGACCCACAUCCCGGCUGGCGCCCGAGACAUCCAGAUUGUAGAGAGGAAAAAGUCCGCUGACGUGCUAGCUCUUGCAGAUGAAGCUGGCUACUACUUCUUCAAUGGCAACUACAAGGUGGACAGCCCCAAGAACUUCAACAUCGCCGGCACCGUGGUCAAGUACCGGCGGCCCAUGGAUGUCUAUGAGACGGGAAUCGAGUACAUCGUGGCACAGGGACCCACCAACCAGGGCCUGAAUGUCAUGGUGUGGAACCAGAAUGGCAAAAGCCCCUCCAUCACCUUUGAGUACACGCUGCUGCAGCCACCGCACGAGCCGCACGAGCGCCGCCCCCAGCCGGUCUACUACGGCUUCUCCGAGCCCGCCUCCGAGAGCGCUGAGAGCCAGGGCCUGGACGGGGCCGGGCUGAUGGGCUUCGUCCCACACAACGGCUCCCUCUACGGCCAAGUCUCCUCAGAGCGGCUGGGCCUGGACAACCGGCUGUUCGGCCACCCGGGCCUGGACAUGGAGCUGGGCCCGAGACAGGGCCAGGAGACCAACGAGGUGUGCGAGCAGGCCGGCGGCGGGGCCUGCGAGGGGCCCCCGAGGGGCAAGGGCUUCCGAGAUCUCAACGUCACAGGGACUCCUCUCACCGGGGACAAGGAUGACCAAGAGGUUGACACCCACUUUGCCUCCCAGGAGUUCUUCUCGGCUAAUGCCAUCUCCGACCAGCUGCUGGGUGCAGGCUCUGACUUGAAGGAUUUCACCCUCAAUGAGACUGUGAACAGCAUCUUUGCACAGGGCGCUCCGAGGAGCUCCCUGGCCGAGAGCUUCUUCGUGGAUUAUGAGGAGAACGAGGGGGCUGGCGCUUACCUGCUCAACGGGUCCUACCUGGAGCUGAGCAGCGACAGGGUUGCCAACAGCUCCGCCGAGGCCCCGUUCCCCAACGUCAGCACCAGCCUGCCCACCUCGGCCGGGAAUAGGACUCACAAGGCCAGGACCAGGCCCAAGGCUCGCAAGCAGGGCGUGAGUCCUGCGGACAUGUACCGGUGGAAGCUGUCCUCCCACGAGCCCUGCAGUGCCACCUGCACCACAGGGGUCAUGUCUACGUACGCCAUGUGUGUCCGCUAUGAUGGGGUCGAGGUGGAUGACAGCUACUGCGAUGCCCUGACUCGUCCCGAGCCUGUCCACGAAUUCUGUGCCGGGAGGGAGUGCCAGCCCAGGUGGGAGACGAGCAGCUGGAGCGAGUGUUCGCGCACCUGCGGAGAGGGCUACCAGUUCCGCGUUGUGCGCUGCUGGAAGAUGCUCUCGCCCGGCUUCGACAGCUCCGUGUACAGCGACCUGUGCGAGGCAGCCGAGGCCGUGCGGCCUGAGGAACGCAAGACCUGCCGGAACCCCGCCUGCGGGCCCCAGUGGGAGAUGUCAGAGUGGUCCGAGUGCACUGCCAAGUGUGGGGAGCGCAGUGUGGUGACCAGGGACAUCCGCUGCUCAGAGGAUGAGAAGUUGUGUGACCCCAACACCAGGCCUGUAGGGGAGAAGAACUGCACGGGCCCGCCCUGUGACCGGCAGUGGACUGUCUCCGACUGGGGACCGUGCAGUGGAAGCUGUGGGCAAGGCCGCACCAUCAGGCACGUGUACUGCAAGACCAGCGACGGACGAGUGGUACCUGAGUCCCAGUGCCAGAUGGAGACCAAGCCUCUGGCCAUCCACCCCUGUGGGGACAAAAACUGUCCCGCCCACUGGCUGGCCCAGGACUGGGAGCGGUGCAACACCACCUGUGGGCGCGGGGUCAAGAAGCGGCUGGUGCUCUGCAUGGAGCUGGCCAACGGGAAGCCGCAGACGCGCAGCGGCCCCGAGUGUGGGCUCGCCAAGAAGCCUCCGGAGGAGAGCACGUGUUUCGAGAGGCCCUGCUUCAAGUGGUACACCAGCCCGUGGUCAGAGUGCACCAAGACCUGCGGGGUGGGCGUGAGGAUGCGAGACGUCAAGUGCUACCAGGGGACCGACAUUGUCCGUGGUUGCGAUCCAUUGGUGAAACCUGUUGGCAGACAGGCCUGUGAUCUGCAGCCCUGCCCCACGGAGCCCCCAGAUGACAGCUGCCAGGACCAGCCAGGUACCAACUGUGCCCUGGCCAUCAAGGUGAACCUCUGCGGGCACUGGUACUACAGCAAGGCGUGCUGCCGCUCCUGCAGGCCCCCCCACUCCUAGGCCCGGCAGCUGCAGCCCCUUCCAGACGAAGACCCAGCGCCCCUCCUGGGGCUGCUGCAGCUUCUGGGGCCUCCACAGACCCCCGUCCUGCAGGGUGUGCUGGCCUGAGACGUGGCACUGAGUCUCGGCUGUCAAGAGGGAACUUCCCACAGCCCAUGGACUUUUGUGCUCCUGGGGCAGAGACUCCGGCACCCACUGGCCUCCCCCAGACAGAGCCACCUGUGCCGUGGGAACCUGUCUGUGUUCCUGCGUGGAUCCUGUGUUUGUGGCUUCCACUCCCCAGCCCCCAGCAGCCCCCAGCCGAGGGGCCCGAGGCCCACAGCCAGCAGUGGAGGUGUCUUGCCCCGGGCCUGCAGCCCAUGCCCUCUCUAGGUGGCAGGGCCUUCUGAAGGAAACUUGCAGGCGAGCCCAACAUGGGGGGGCCUCCUUCCCUCGGAGGCCACAGGGUGAGAGGGACACAGGCAGCCAAGGAGGCCCAGGCGUGCUCUCUCCUAUAGAGCCCCUCCCAUGGAGCUCUCUUCCUGCCGCACUUUCUACCCCGGGCAGAGGCGCUUGCCCACGGGACGUUUGGGGAUGGACCGCGGGUCCCGCCCCUGCAGUCAGCGUCAGUGCUCAUCUACGUUAAUAAAGUGGUCCUAUUUAUGGCGGCAUCA